CCUGAUCUGCCUCCGGAUGGUAGAAGACGGCACUUGUGUUCUUUCUCUUUCUCUUUCUCUCGUUCUUUCUUCACUGUCGCCUCCUUCUCCUUCUCCUUUUUCUACGGCGUUCCCUGGUCCUGGGAUCGGAUACACAUCGUCUGUCUGCUACGGUUCACCUUUUCUAAUGACUGAUCGGUUCCUCGGAACCAUUCCAAUGGUACGGAGUACACUAACGAAAUGAAUGUGAAGAGCUUUUGAACUUGUUACACGGGAUGAUCCAGGUUUCCCAGAUUCAAUAACAAUAAGAAGAAAACAAAAAGAUCAAAAUACGUCACCGCCAUACGCCGAACCCCGGAUUAGCGCAGCCCCGCCAGGUGCAUAUGAUCCCUCAGAUCGACGAUGCUGCAUACAAAACGUUCAGAGUCCGACAUGGGGCGAACGGCCUCACGCUCCCGGAGUAACAGCAUGUCGAGCGAUUCGCAUCCUCGCAUUCACAUGACCCCGCCAGUAGCGAAUCCUCCGCCGUCCUUCAUUGCACCUUCGUCCGCCGCUCAGAUCGUCACCGCUGACCAAGAAUUCAAUACUGCGGACUUCGUGGCGGAAGAUGGCGGUGAUUCGGAUGCCAAAGCGAUUGUUACCCCCGAAGCUCUUUCAGCUCUGAAUGGAUUCCUGGACCAUCUUCUCUUUAAUAUUCUGGCGGCUGCGAAGUCAACGCAACUAGCAUGUAUUCGACCUGCGGUGGCGGAUGUGUUAAAACCGCGACUCGCAAACCAAGUGGUCUCCGCGGCAGAUGAGGAGUUGAACGAAUAUAUGGGUGGUCCGGAGGAUGAGCAGUUCCAGUUCGGUCGGGGGAUGUCUCAAAACGGUGAUUUCGACCUGGUCCGUUCCUGGAAAUUGACUCGCUUGCGCUGUAUGGUCUAUACCCGGCUGGGAGAUAUGGAAGAAGAUGACGAGGAGGAGUAUAUCGCACAGAAUGGGUUGGAUGAUGACGGUAGUCUCUCGCCGAGGUUUUCUACGCAUGUAGGAAAUAUUACGCCGCCGGCUGCCAUCUUCCUGACCUCCAUCAUCGAGCAUAUUGGUGAACAGGCCUUGGUGAUAGCGGGCGAAACAGCUCGGUCACGACUAUCCGUCAAACCGAGUGAGGGUCCCGAGGAGGCAGAGCCUGGCGCAGAACGAGGCACCAUCAACCGGUUAGUCGUGGAGGACCUGGAUAUGGAGAAAUUAGCAUUGAACCCAACCAUGGGUCGUCUUUGGCGCACGUGGCGCAGGUACACUCGGUCCCCUAUGAUGUCCCGAGCGGUUUCUCGAGAGUCUAUCCGACGCCGUUCAACAAUUGGUCCUUCAUCGUGUCGGAAGAGCAGUAUGGUAACCGGGGAUGAGCUGCCACAAAGACCGAUCGUCGAGAUCCCGAAAGAGGUUGACCCGGCUUCUGUUGCACUCCCAAUUGGCGACCACGAUAUCGAAGAGAUCGAAGGUUUCACAUCUGAUGGUGAAGGUGCUGAGGUCGUCCAGACCAUGCAGGCAGUAGUGGCUCACAAAGUGCGACCCCAUAGCCUGAUGGUGCUGACCCUGCCAUCACCAAGAUCUCCCACAUCCCCUAUCACCCCACUGAGCGCAAAGUUCAGUCGUCAUGUCCGCGCGAAGUCGUUGCCCGAUAGUACCCCUCAGGAGCCGGUAGACGCUGACCAAACUGCCGACCAGCCAUCACCCACCGCAUCUGACGAACAAAAGCCACUGGAAACCAUGUACGAACACGAUGAGGAUGAUGAGGUUCCCAAGGCCAAAAUCGAGCAGGUAUCAGAGGCAGAUGCUCUACCGAAGGAAUCGUUGGAGCAGGAUAGGAUGGCUACGUCGUCACAAUCUGCUGUGUCGGUGGGGGUAGAGUCGAGUCAAGCCAGUAGUACUUCGGGUUCGUCAACGUCUCUGAGCGAUCGUCUCCAGACCGAUUCCGAUACGGAGGUGAUUGAAGGACAGGGAAUGUGUGAAAAACCCAAAUUGGCUCCGAUACAGCGACCGAAGCGUAUCAGUAGCCGGGACACAAAUCGCGAAAAUGACAGGUCGACUACCACCCGAGUGAUCAGCGAACAAACGAUACCAACAGUGGUCGAUGAUCCGUCACAAACGCAAGGGGACGACUCCACCCCGGCGCAGCCUGCCAUCAGUCACGAUGUUUCAAAGAAUUCUGAUACGAAUACAGCUUCGACAGAGUUAUCGGUCCCUCAGACUCGGACUUCGACUGACCUGGAAGAGAAGAUCUCUCGCCCGCCUUCCACUUCUGAAGAAAGUGUUUAUUCUGACCGUUCGCGGACUCGACCUAGACCAAGCCCCUUGGUGGGUAUAAGUCAACAUCGUUACGGCCGUUCAAGUUCAGGGGUAUCCUCGAUAAGUUCGGUGACUGAACGUGCAGCGGUUCAGCGUGUCGUCCGACCGACCACUUCAGCAGCCUCUUCCGUCUAUUCCAGAUCGCGUCGCUCCGACAGUUUUAGUAGCCAACGGGAGAAACGCCCAGUAACUGCAGGGUCGACCACUUCUCAGGUUUCAAGCAGGCUGAAAGGUCUCAUUGGUCUUCAGGGGGAUUCUGUUUCACUUCGCCUGCGCAACUCCUGCGAGACUAAUCCGUUCGCUGGCGAGCCGUAUGACGACACGACCGGCUUGGACGAAUUGAUCCGCAGUGAGGAAACUCUCCAUUAUACCCUAACCCCGAAAAAUAUGCGGGAAAUUGAGGAACCUGACUCACCCCGCUGGAGAGUCAAGUCGAGCACUGCGGACCUGGCUGAGUUCUUGAAGAAUAGCGCCCCUCCCGGGGAGGAAGUUCCACGCCCUAGCACCUCUCACACGUCUUCCAGGGGAACUAUUAGCACACCCAAAUACAAAGCUAUUGAGAUACCCUCGACUGCACUUUCGCAACAGACAUCAAACCCGGAACAAGCUGCCGACCGGAAACCAAAUAUUAGGUCGUCCAGUGAUUACGAUCACUCUAUUAAGUCGCCCGGCCCAGGCAGUCCCCUCAGUACCCCACGAUCCCCGUCGAGCACAGUUCGCAGUGGCCCUAAGAUGGAGGCCCGUUCAGCAGUUAGUUCAAAAGUGGAUCAAGAUCGGACAACCGAGUUGAUCGACUUCAUUCGUGAAGGUCCACCUACUGCAGGGGCACGCCGCAUUCCCCGUGCGGUUGCACCGUUCCGAGACACUAUGGAUUCAGACGAGCUGAACUCGCUGGAAACUGGCCACUCCGAAAACAAUGCGCCCUCGGUAUCUAGCACGCAAGACGGAUCAAUGUUGACUUCCGUCGGGUCUCGCACAGGGCUACUGGAGACGGGCAACCGAACUACCGUGCACCCAACUGCUGCUCAGCACAUCCAAACAACUCCAGUGGACGACCCUCGUCCUGUGCGGAAACAACGUAGGGUACCAGAUCCCUAUGCCAUUGACUCAGAUGACGAUGAGGACCUGGACGAGCUCCUGGACGGCCCGAAGCCCAAGCGCGAGGAGGAAAGCUUGUUAGAUUUCUUGCGCAACGUUCCUCCUCCGGAGUCGGAGCCCAUCCCACAGCCUCUCCCGGUCAACACAAUGCCCUCCAAGAGUUCAUCCGGUGCGUUUGGAAUGAAGGCGCGACUUCUUCGCAAUGCAUCGGGGGACAAGGUGCCAACUACGAAACUAUCAAAGGCUUCUUUCCAUCAACAGCAGGACAGCUAUGCUACAGCGCAAUCUAACUAUUCAGCUAAAGUUGGCGCCGAGAGGAGCAGAGGCGCAAUGUAUGGAACUAGCGGCCUUCCCUCCGUCACAGACCGGCAAACAGAGACUAGUGCCCUGGCUGAAUUCCUCAGGUCGACGGGACCUCCUGAGCCUCCUGCACCUCGAGUGUCCUCAUCACUGGCUUCGAAGGGUAGAGAAUCUGGUGUGAAUAGCCUCUCUCGCCUUUUCGGGCGCCGGAAGAAACUCGAGGUCUAGUGCCAUUUUGUAAAGCUAUUUAAUGCCUUGUCUACUUCCCUCACUCUCUCAUUUCCUUAUCUCCGUUCCCAAGUCAAUUAGCCCACGUGUUCGUUAAAAAUGCCCUUGCCUUCAUCUUCUCUUUUUCAUUAGGAGCGUUUUAAGCCAUGUGACGAUCCAUCCUGUCGUUUGAUUCAGGUUUUCUCUUUCCAUACUACCUUGGUCUACGGGUCAAAACCCCACAGCCUUGAUAUCUGGGCCAUGGGUGAACGAGUUCCCUUCCAUAUAUUUUCCUUAUUCCCAUCGUUGAUUUGGUACAACAAUUGUUGGCCUUCUCCUUAUCCAUAUACCACUUUGUCCUGUUGAAUUUGUACUCCCGUCGUGUUCGACUUUAUGGGAUUUGGAACGAAUGAUAUCCUGCCUUCAAUUUUCUAAGAUCGGGACAUUGUUUUCUUUUCUUUUCUUUCUUCUUUGUUGCAACCUAUUCCCCUGGGAAGCCGUGUUAUGCGUUUACUACCAUAAGCUAAAUGGCGGACCGUACAUGAUAUCAAGAAGCUGCUAGCCACACAAU